CUCUUUCUCUCAUAGACAUUCACACAACUGUCAUUUUCUCACAGCAUAGUUAUAUUUAUCACCCCAUCUCCCUUUUGCCCCCACAAGUCCAUACACAAGAACAAUCUCUCUCUCUCUCUCUCUCUCCAGUUUCUCCAUAUUCCAUUAUUAUUCCUCCACAAAAUCAAAUCCUAACCCAGACAACCCCCAUAAUUCCACACACACCACCACACCACAAUAUUCACCCUCACAUCAAAUCACAUUAAACUCCCACUUGCUUCUUCUCCUACUUCACACUCAGCUAUACAUCAGCUAGCUAGUGGAAGAAGAUCAAGAACUUGAAGAAGAAGAAGAAGAAGAAGAAGAAAAAGAAGAAGAAGAAGACCCAAAACCCAAUACCCAAACCCCCCAAAAAAAAUCAAAAACCAACAAAUGGAGCUUUUUCCAGUUCAACCUGACCUCUCCUUGCAAAUUAGCCCCCCAAACCCUAAACCCACAUCAAAUGAUCACCCCCACAUGGAUCUAACCGACCACCACCACCACCACCAUCUAGGGUUCUGGACAAAACCCACAAAAGAUCUCGGCACCGACAUCGACCUCUCCCUCUCAACCUCGAUCCCAACCCCCGGCUACCAAACCCACUCGGCCCACCUGGCCCACUUGGCCCAUUUCCACCACCAUCACCGUCUUCAUGAUCAUGGAGCUGCGGGCUACGGCGCCGCAAACGCCAGCCCUUGCCUUAACGGUGGCAGUCAAGCUGAGAUGGGCUUCUUGAGGCCCAUCAGAGGAAUCCCGGUCUAUGCUGCACAAGCCCAUUUCUAUGAUUCUUCAAAUGCUAACAACAUGUCGAGGCUGUCGUCGCCGUCGCCGUCUUCGACUUCUUCGUCGAGGUUUUUUCCGAGGGGGAUCGUUCCGGUGAAGAGGAGCAUGAGAGCGCCGAGGAUGCGGUGGACUACUACGCUUCAUGCUAGAUUUGUUCAUGCUGUUGAGCUCUUGGGUGGCCAUGAAAGGGCAACACCCAAAUCAGUGCUGGAGCUGAUGGAUGUGAAGGAUCUGACUCUGGCUCAUGUUAAAUCUCACUUGCAGAUGUAUAGGACUGUGAAGAACACCAAUGCACCUGCAGCUUCUUCAGGUCAAUCUGAUGGGUUUGAGAAUGGUUCUGCUGGUGAAAUCUCAGACGAUAAUUCUGUCGAUGUUCAAUGCAUCAUGGGAUCUCAGUCAUCGAUUCAAAGGUUGGGGAUGAAUCAGGGGGCUAACAAUCAAUAUGGCCUGUGGAGCAAUUCUUCAAGGGGAAGUUGGAUUAAUGGCAAACCGAGAGAUUCCACCAUCGGAAGCAAACAAUGCUUUGAGGAGACACAAUCCAAAAGCAUGGAGAUCCUAUCAGAUUUGAAUUCAUCAUGUCUUUCAGCUGAGGCGGUUAGCCCAAAGAGACCCAACCUUGAGUUCACCUUGGGAAUUAUGCCACAUUGAUCUUAAAUGAUCGAGAUAAAGCACCGGGUGAUCCUAGUUCGUUGUACUAACGGAGCAUCAAAGGGGUGUCAACCGUUGAACUAGCAGAGUUUGAGAUUUUUUUUCCCCACUAAUCUAGCGGUUGACGUUUCUUUGGUGCAUCAUCAGUGCAAUGAUCUAAAAUCACUUGGUAAUUAAUAUUCUCUACUCAUUUGAGAUACUAACAUGCAUGCAACCAAGGAAAUUAACUAAAGAAAGAAAAGCAAUUAAAAGUGGAAGAGAGAAAGACGAGGAGACCAUUGAGGUAGAAAGAAAGAAAAGUAAAAGGGAAGUUGUGUUAAAAGACCAUCUUUCACUGCAAAGCUACAUUGAGCUUAUCUAUCAUAGGAAAGUUAGAGAGAGAGAGAGAGAGAGAGAGAGAGAUGACUAGGAAAAAAAAUAUCAAAUUUUGUGGAUUGGGAGUUACUAGGUAGAAAAGAUAUAGAUAGGGAUAGAUGAACAGGGGUAUCCUUAAUUAUUUCGUACCUGAUGUGCACGUGGCUUUGCUUUGUAGUUUCCCAACAAAGAUAAAAGUCCAAGGGAAGGACAGAGCACAUUUCAAUCAUAUGAAAGGAUCUGCCAUGGCCAAUUACAACUCUCAAGCUUGCUAUAUAGCUUUUGAUCCGUAUCCCAAUUUCAUUAAUGGACUAUUAAUUAACUAUCAAUUAGUUGUUGAUUUUAUAA